ACAGCUCGUAAAUCUACUGGAGGAAAGGCUCCACGUAAGCAAUUGGCUACCAAGGCUGCACGUAAGAGUGCUCCAUCCACCGGUGGUGUCAAGAAACCACAUCGUUAUCGCCCAGGUACCGUCGCUCUUCGUGAAAUUCGUCGCUACCAAAAGUCGACCGAAUUGUUGAUCCGCAAGUUGCCGUUCCAACGUUUGGUGCGUGAAAUUGCACAGGAUUUCAAGACCGACUUGCGUUUCCAAUCGGCUGCCAUCGGCGCUUUGCAAGAAGCAUCCGAAGCAUACUUGGUUGGUUUGUUUGAAGACACCAAUUUGUGCGCCAUCCACGCCAAACGUGUCACCAUCAUGCCGAAGGACAUCCAACUCGCUCGUCGUAUCCGAGGCGAACGUGCUUAAGCAAAUACCAUAAGAAUAUACAUUUUUUCAAACUUUUCACAUUACAAAUAUAAAUUUGAUAAGAAACAUAACAUUUGACUAAUAAAAACCAUGAAUAAAUUAACGAAGUCCGAAUCAAUUGAAAUAUUAUAAACGGAAAA